UGAACAAAAUUUACCAGUCUCCAAUUUCCCGCCUCCAAAGAAAAACCCUCACAUAUCAAAGUUUCGCGUUCUUGGCGUACAUUCAAUUCAAAUCAUAACAAUGGCAGAAGAAGAUAACACAGGAGCAACAGUCCGGCCCGAGUUCCCAACGGGUCGGAUCAAGAAAAUCAUGAAACUCGACAAAGAUAUAAACAAAAUCACAUCAGAUGCUCUGUUCAUCGUAACGCAAUCAACCGAAUUAUUUCUCCGAUUUCUCGCCGAGAAAUCGUCAGAAGUUGCGACGGAGAAGAAGCGCAAGAGUAUAAAACCCGAUCACAUCCGGAUCGCCGUGAAGAGGCAUCAGCCGACCAGCGAUUUUCUACUUGACUCACUUCCUCCGCCGACCGAGUCAUCCGACAAAUUGAUGUCUGAGAAGAAUCAUCCUCGACACGUGGCUGAUAAGCCUGCCCCGCCCGGUACUCGCCGGAUCGAUCAAUUCUUUACUAAAUCGACAAAUGAAGCUCCGAUUCAGAUAAAUGAUAGCUAGAUGUUAGUUAUAUUCUCUUGUUUUGUUGUUUAAAUUUGAUCGAUAAUGUUGUACUGGAAGAUUUUUUUUUUAAUAUAACAAAGAAUUAGUUAUUUUGAGUUA